AUGGUCGGUCCUGUGUUGCGAAUCUCGCGGUGUGCUUUCCAGAAGGCGUCACCGAUUUCACGGUUGAGCUGGACCAGAGCAAGUCAUGUUCGGCGGCUUGCAACCGCUGCAGCAAGCGGGGAUGCAUCUAAUCUGCCUUUGGACGGCAUCAAAGUGCUUGACAUGACGAGGGUGCUUGCUGGUCCGUAUUGUACGCAAAUACUGGGCGAUCUCGGAGCCGAUGUUAUCAAGAUUGAACAUCCCACAAGAGGAGACGACACACGAGCAUGGGGACCACCCUAUGCAAAGUACACAAACAACCAAGAAGGGCCAGGCGAAAGCGCAUACUACUUGGGCGUAAAUCGAAACAAACGAUCCAUGGGGCUCUCGUUCCAGCACCCAGCCGGCGUAGACAUCCUACAUCGACUUGUCAAAGAAUGCGACGUGCUCGUGGAGAAUUAUCUCCCGGGGUCCCUCGCCAAGUAUGCUAUGGACUAUGACACCGUAUCAAAGAUCAACCCAAACAUAGUUUACGCCAGCAUUACGGGAUACGGCCAGACAGGGCCGUAUAGGAACAGAGCUGGCUAUGAUGUUAUGGUAGAAGCUGAAAUGGGCCUCAUGCACAUCACUGGAACCCGCGACGGCCCGCCCGUAAAGGUAGGCGUUGCAGUAACUGAUCUGACCACCGGCCUCUACACUUCCAACUCCAUUAUUGCAGCCCUUUUCCGGCGCCUCAAGAACCCCGGAUCCGGCGGCCAGCACAUUGAUGUCGCUCUUUCCGACUGUCAAAUUGCUACCCUGGCCAACAUUGCUAGCUCCUGUCUUAUCAGUGGGCAGCGCGACACUGGUCGCUGGGGAACUUCGCAUCCGUCAAUUGUGCCCUACAAGGCGUUCAAGACGGCCGACGGUGACAUUCUGCUUGGCGGUGGGAACGACAGGCUGUACGGGGUGUUGUGCAACAGACUAGGUAAACCUGAGUGGAUUGUCGAUGAAAAGUUCAAGACAAAUGCGUUGAGAGUUCAACAUAGAGAUGAGUUGGAGGAGCUAAUCGAAGCGGAGACGCAAAAGAAAACCACAAAAGAGCUGCUAGACAUAUUCGAGGGCAGUGGAAUGCCCUACGCUGCCAUCAACGAUGUGCAAGACGCGUUGAAUCAUGAGCAUGUUCUUGCUCGAGACAUGGUUAAAGAAGUAGAGCACCCCGCUUGCGGGCCAAUCAAGUUGGUCAACACGCCGGUCAAGUGGUCAGAGUCUGCUCCAAGGAUCCGGCUGCCACCGCCAAUGCUGGGCCAGCAUACCGACGAGAUUCUCAGUGGCACGCUGGGUAUGAGCAGUGAGGAGGUGGAGGCGUUGCGCAGUGAGGGUGUUGUUGCGUAUUCGCUCUUUGACGUCUUCCUGCGUCUGCGCCCCUCGACGUCUACCAACCCUCGCUUCCUGACUGUCGAGGAAAGCGAUCGUGACCACCCGACGCAUAUCACCAUACAGCCGCCUACAAAUGCAAAUGACAAGCGCAAGCGAGCCGUGGAGCGCUUCGCCUUCACGCGCGUGUUCGAGGAAGAGGCGCAGCAACUGCACCUGUUCAAAGGCACUGGCAUUGUGCGCAUGAUCGAGGGCGUCAUGGGCGCACCGGGCCACCACGGGCGCGAUGGGUUGUUUGCAACGCUGGGUUGCAGUGGCUCCGGAAAGAGUCACACUAUUCUCGGUACCAAGACCCAGCGUGGCCUCGUUCAGAUGACGCUAGCUACUAUAUAUCAAGCCUGCGACGGGCAACUUAUUCAGUCUUUGUAUGGUGCCCCGGCCUUUUCUUCACUGGCAUCAGCAGACGUCUCAGAAGCGCAAAUGUUCACCGCGACCGCCUACUUGGACACUAUGUACGGCGACAACCAGUCUGAGCGAUUUCCCUCGCGAGCGCAGACCCCCAUGCAGGAUUGUAGUAUAUUCUCCACGGGUAGCAAUUGGAAAUCGAACAAGAUACCGCGACCCUCGAUGAUGCCUCAAUCGCCUUCCGUCGACGAUGUUGAGCUCCCAGAAGAUCCCGCUGUCGAGUACGCGAUCGUCGUAUCCAUGUUCGAAGUAUACAACGACCGCAUUUUCGACCUUUUGAGUGGCAGCGUUUCAAGGAACAAGAGUCACAACGUGAAGCGUAGGGCGUUGCUGUUCAAGAACACGGAGCGGAGUCCGGAUCGCAAGGUUGUUGCUGGCCUUACCAAGAUCAUCUGUGGUAGCUUUGAGGAGGCCAUGAUGGUGCUCGAGACUGGUCUUAUGGAGCGCAAGGUCACUGGUACUGGAAGUAACGCCGUCAGCUCACGCAGUCACGGUUUCUUCAACAUUGAGAUUAAGAAGCGAAACGCGGAACACCAAGGCCCCUGGUCCAGCAGCAACCUUACCAUUGUUGACUUGGCCGGUUCUGAGCGCGCGCGGAAUGCUAAGACUACUGGCGAGACGCUUGCUGAAGCUGGCAAAAUCAACGAGUCCCUGAUGUAUCUUGGACAGUGUAUGCAAAUGCAAUCUGACAACGCAGGCGGCUCAAAGAACAUGGUUCCCUUCCGCCAAUGCAAACUUACCGAACUUCUCUUCUCAAACUCGUACCCAUCUUCAGCUCGGACCGCACAACAACAUCGGUCACCGCAAAAGUCUAUUAUGGUGGUAACAGCAGAUCCCAACAGCGAUUACAAUGCGACAUCUCAGAUACUCCGCUACUCUGCUCUCGCCCGAGAGGUCACUGUUCCGCGAAUUCCAUCCACCACGGAGACCAUUCUUGCCAAUUUACCACACAAGCGUCCCGGUACAGCAUCAUCAGCGCGCACUGCGUCCUCGGGCAGAAUAACACCCUCUGCAAUAAUCGAGGAACUCGAACAUGCCAACGCCGAGGUCGCUCGCCUGACUGCCGAGAUGGAAGUUUUUGCCAUUCGCCUGGCUGAAGAGACUGCUCGACGUAAAGCUGCCGAAGCAUCCUGGGCUGCUGCAGAAGACCACAUGGUGGACCUGGAACAGGAAAUUCGCGACGAAUGCUACCACGAGAUGGAAUUGGCGGUCGACCAAGAACGCCGGAGGUGGCAAACUGCCCUGGAAAACGAGCAAGACAAUCAACAAGCCCAUAUUGACUCCAAAAUCGACGUCGUCAUUCGAGCAACAAAAGCUCAAAUGAGGCAAGAAAUCAAGGUAUACGAAGACCCCGAUCCCGAGCUGCGAGACCGGCUCGAGGAGUUGGAACGAGAAAACGAAAUGCUCCGCGCAAAGCUAGAGGCCCAAGAACGCGACAGCCAGCAGAGGUCGGCAAGCCCAGUCAAGCGGAUGCGGGUGCUCAAGGCCAAGAAGUGGGAGGAUCCCAGUGCUUUUGCCAUGGAUGAUGAAUGA